GGUGGCCGGCCGCAGUGUAUCGCGAACGCGUGUCUCCGCAACGUAUUCGCAGUAGCGCGCGCUCGUCUCGCGCGUCGUCGCCGUGUAACGCGUUCGCACACCGCCGACCGCCGUCGCAUCGCCGCCGCGCGUCCACCCCGGUACACGUCACCCGCGUUCGCGGACCACCCGAGACGGACGUUUCGACGACCACCGCCGUCACAGUGGCCACCGUCGCACCACCCGCCGGCGCCAUGGACGCCGCCCCCGCCGCGGCUUAUCCGGGUUUCUCGGAAUACGCGGGCUACUCGGACGACAAGACCACCGCUGCCUCCGCCGCCGCCGCCACCGACGGGUCGGCCGCGGCGGCGGACGGCCCGGCCGACGACGGAAAACGCCCGCGCCGGCGGCCCCGGACCACCGUCUGGACCGGGUUGCGGGCCGUCUUCGAACCGUCCAUGAACCGGUUGUCGAUGAAGAUUUACGGUAGCGAGAAGGCCGUGCUCAAGGAACGGCUCAGGCAACGGUCGCUGGGCGCCUGGGUCAUCCACCCCUGUUCGAAGUUUAGGUUUUAUUGGGAUUUGUGUAUGCUUCUGUUAUUGGUUGCCAAUUUGAUUAUACUUCCCGUUGGAAUAUCUUUUUUCAAUGACGAUUUUGAUACGAGAUGGAUAAUAUUUAAUUGUUUAUCGGAUACAAUAUUUCUUGUGGACAUUAUCGUAAACUUUAGAACGGGUAUUUUACAAACUGACAAUUCUGAACAAGUGAUAUUAGAACCAAAAUUAAUAGCUAGAAACUACUUAAGAUCCUGGUUCUUCUUGGAUUUAAUUAGUUCCCUUCCGUUGGAUUAUCUAUUUCUUAUGUUUAAUCAGGAUGUAGGCGAAGGCAUACAGAUUUUACACGCGGGUCGAGCUCUUCGUAUUCUCCGACUUGCGAAGCUACUCAGCUUAGUUAGAUUACUCCGCUUAUCAAGACUGGUGCGCUAUGUGAAUCAAUGGGAAGAAGUAUAUAUGUUAAGAAUACGAUCGGAUAUGUCAUCGGGUCAACAAGGUCAGAUUGAAAGCCGAUCCAUGAUCAAGUUCCUGAACAUGGCCAGUGUGUUUAUGAGGAUAUUCAAUUUAAUAUGCAUGAUGUUACUCAUUGGACAUUGGUCUGGAUGUCUACAAUUCCUCGUUCCUAGCUUACAAGGAUUUCCGGCCAAUUCGUGGGUUGCUAUUAACGAGUUACAGGACGCCAAUUGGGCAGAACAAUAUUCGUGGUCCUUGUUUAAAGCCAUGUCGCAUAUGUUGUGCAUUGGUUAUGGUCGGUUCCCUCCACAGUCGUUAACUGACAUGUGGUUGACAAUGUUGUCCAUGAUUAGUGGAGCCACGUGUUAUGCUUUAUUUUUGGGGCAUGCUACUAAUUUGAUACAAAGCUUGGAUUCAUCCCGUAGACAGUAUCGUGAAAAGGUUAAACAAGUAGAAGAAUAUAUGUCGUACAGGCGGCUGCCAUUAGAUAUGCGCAAGAGAAUAACAGAAUACUUUGAGCAUAGGUACCAGGGAAAGUUUUUUGACGAAAAGUGGAUAUUGGACGAAAUGUCCGACAAAUUGCGUGAGGACGUUCGAAAUUACACUUGCCGGAGGUUAGUGACAAAUUUGCCAUUAUUGCAGAAAGCUGACACCAACCUUCUUACUGAAUUGACUGAUUGUUUAGAGUUUGAAAUGUUCCAGCCUGGUGACACGAUCAUGCGCGAAGGCACGGCAGCCACGAAGAUGUACUUCGUGCACGAGGGCGUCGUCGAGGUGUUGGUGGCCGGCGGCAAAGAGGUGGUGGCCACGCUGAGCGACGGCAGCUAUUUCGGCGAGACCUGCCUGUGGUCGUCCGGCUCUCGGCGUCCCGUCAGCGUGAGGGCCGACACGUACUGCAACCUGUUCUCGUUGUCGGCGACCGCGUUUACCCGAGUUAUGGACCGGUACCCCAAGUUCAAGGACCACGUGACCUCCGUGCUGGUCGACCGCGCCAACCGGAUGGCCAACAUCGGCCAACGCGUGGCCGCCGGAGACACUAAUCUGUGACAUGGAGGAAAUAAUUAUUACUUGUGUGACAUGGAAAAACAAAUUGUCACGUUGUACAGUGUUUCGGUUUUUUUUUUACAUUACACCGAUAUUGUUGUUUUAUUCUUCUCGACUACCCACCACAAACUAAAUAUUAUAUAUUUGUGUGUUUUUUUUUUUUGAAUUUUUUUUUUUUUGUUUUUAGUGCUGAACAUUCAUUAUUGCCAUAAGAUUAAUAUAUUUAUUUAUAACUAUUAUAAUAUCAUACUAUGUUUUACAAAUUAUUAUUUUGAUUUCAGAAAAAUUAAACAUAGUUAUUUAUAA